UAUUGUCCGGGCAGCUUUACCUAAGCACCUUUCCGACAGCUUCCGUUUUCACGUUGAAGAAUGUUCUCAGCAAUGGCCCUUUGUCAUCUCUAGGAACCAGAGACAACAGUCGUUUCACCAGCUUGACCCGUGCGCUACAGACACAGUGCUGUAUUUCUUCUCCCAGUAACUCGAUGGGCCAACAGUAUAGAUCCUAUAGUUUCUUCACUAAAUUGACGGCAGAUGAGCUGUGGAAAGGUGCUUUAGCAGAGACUGGUGCUGGAGCAAGGAAAGGAAGAGGCAAAAGAACCAAGAAAAAGAGAAGAAAGGAUUUGAACAGGGGUCAGAUUAUUGGUGAAGGGCGUCAUGGGUUCCUGUGGCCUGGUCUGAAUGCCCCUCUUAUGAGAAAUGGAGCUGUGCAGACCAUUGCCCAGAGAAGCAAGGAAGAGCAGGAGAAGGUGGAGGCUGAUAUGGUCCAGCAGAGACAGGAGUGGGACCGGAAGAGGAAGAUGAAGGUUAAAAGGGAGCGAGGAUGGAGUGGAAACACGUGGGGAGGUGUCAGUCUCGGCGCCCCGGACCCUGGUCCCAACGGAGAAACAUAUGACGAUUUUGAUACCAGGAUUCUUGAGGUCAGAAAUGUUUUCAAUAUGACAGCAAAAGAGGGAAGGAAGAAAUCAGUCCGCGUCCUGGUCGCUGUGGGGAACGGCCGAGGAGCCGCAGGUUUUGCCAUUGGGAAAGCCACUGAACGGGUGGAUGCUUUCAGGAAAGCAAAGAACAAAGCAGUUCACUAUCUGCAUUAUAUAGAACGAUAUGAAGACCAUACGAUAUUCCACGAUAUUUCUUUAACAUUUAAAAGGACGCAUAUCAAGAUGAAGAAACAACCCAGAGGCUAUGGCCUCCGCUGCCACCGGGCCAUCAUCACCAUCUGCCGGCUCAUUGGCAUCAAAGACAUGUAUGCCAAGGUCUCGGGGUCCAUGAACAUGCUCAACCUUACCCGGGGCCUCUUCCAUGGGCUCUCCCGCCAGGAAACCCAUCAACAGCUGGCUGAUAAGAAGAGUCUCCAUGUUGUGGAAUUCCGGGAGGAAUGUGGCCCUCUGCCCAUCGUGGUCGCCUCCCCCCUGGGCCCCUUGAGAAAGGAUCCGGAGCCAGAAGACGAUGUUCCAGACAUCAAAUUGGACUGGGAAGAUGUGAAGGCCGCACAGGGGAUGAAGCGCUCUGUGUGGUCGGGUGUAAAGAGAGCUGCCACCUGAGCGUCCCUCUGGCCUCGUGCGGUGCAGGGUCUGGUGCCGUCCAGCACCUGGAGGACGCGCAGCGCCACACCUUGGAUCUCACCUUUGUUUUUAAAGGAAAGACCAACCUCAGCUUCUUCAUUUGCAAGUAAUAAAUAGUUAUAGCUUU